CCUUUUGUGGUUCACUGAAAUUUGGCGGGGCAAUCUGACUGCAGACAGAAAGCCGGUUACCCCAUCUAGACCACUAUGAAGAGGUCCACCAGGCCGCCUUUUGGCACGUCCGCCGGGUUCCGACCUCCGCCGAGCCUGGCGGGGAGCCGCGUGGGCAGCUUUCGUGGCGUAGGAGGAAGGUCGGACCUGAUGUCGUCUGCACGGUCACCUGCGACACCUGGCCAGGUGACCAGCAGUGCAGCUGUGAUCAGCCGGAGCAGACACUACCUCAGCCGCAGUCAGGAGCACCUGGCAGACGAUCCGACAGCCUCCAGAAGGGUUCCAGCCAGGCCAAAGUCAAGUCUGGGCCUUGCCACCGCAGCUGCCCCCAGGAAAACCAGCAGCUCGUCAAACGCCUCGUCCACUUCAGCGAAGGACAGCGGCUCCCGCGAGAAAAAUGGCCCCUCCCGAGAAAAUGGCGGCAGCAAGGACAAGACAGUCGCCACAAAGGAGACCAACAGCAAGGAGAAAGGCGCUGCAGCAAAAGAAACUGCGGCAAAAACCGAAGCUCCUUCCAAGGACAAAGCUCCCAAAGAAAAGACCAAGUCAGACACCAGCAGCGCAAGAAGACUUUCCAAGGACAAGGCGACGAAAUCGCGUACGAGCGACAAGAGGGUCCAGCCAGUGGCUCCCACGCGGGUUUCCUCGGGGAGGGAUAACGAGGUUACGUCGCGGCUGGUGGCGUCGUCGCGGAUCGAUAUGGACGUUCUGAAGGAGGAGCUGCGUCAGGUCCGGCUGCUGCUGGAGCGACAGGUCGAACAGGGACCGGCCACCAGCGGCGAGGAACGCAGCAGCGUACACGAAACACUGGUGAAGAUGAUCGAACAGCUACAACAGCAGAACCAGACCAUCAGCCAGGAACUGACAGGCCUCCGAGGAGAGAACCGUCUCCUGAGAGAGAGACUGAGUGCCCUGGGUCUGUCACUGGACCAGAAGACUGAUGCAGAGAAGGAGUUGUUGUUGUUACAACAAGGCACCACAGGUGCUGAGGCCGCCUCCAUGAUGAGUGUCGUCGAGGGUGCACCUGCAGCACCUGGGGGGCCUUUGAGCGCUUCCAGUUCCUCACCAGGCUCCAUGGAGGACCUUCUCCAGGCUGAUGUGGAGGCUAACCUGAGUGCGGGGAGGAGCGACACGCCUGACAACCUGAGUCAGGACUCUGGAGACCUGCUGGGCAGCGGCAGCAUGCGGGACUGUACCACUGGCAGCGAGGUGUCCAUGGUCGACCUGCAGGAGAGAAUCAUCGCCAUGGAGGAGAACCAACAGAGCGUCAGCGAAGAGCUGGAGGCAACCAUACAGGAGCUGACUGAACAACAGAUGACUGUUGAGGAGAUUUCCUCCGAAAACGAACAACUGCAGAAAGAGAACGCCGUCAUCAUGGAGUCCCUACGCCAGCAGACCGAGCGACUGGAGCAGAGCAGAGCGGAGGUGGAAGAACUGAAGACUCUUCUCGCCCAGAAGCAGCCCAAACUGGAGAAAUCCACCUCCACAUCACAUCUCAGCGCCCCUGCUAGUCCUAUCAUCGGGGAGGCCAUGAGACGCGUACGGCGAUCAAGCUCGUCGAGUUCGGAAAGAAGCGGGCAAGCUACGACAGGCACGGACGCCGCCACAAUGCCGUCAGACAUUCCCGAAUCUCACGACAUGGCAGACAGCGUGAUAGGAACUGCACAGGUGGAAGCGGAGCGGGCGAAGUCCCGGUGUGCGGAGCUGGAACGAUCGCUCGGGAAGAAGAGCAGAGAGCUGGCACGACUGGAAGACAGGGUGAGACAGCUGGAAGCAGACAGGACAUCCGCUAAUGACGACAUCAGAGACCUAAAAUUCCAGCUGGAUCACAUGACUGCAGAAGUUAGAAUGAAGGACGAUGAAAUUUCUGGUCUGCGUGAGUCAGCUGAAGAGCUUGAGCGGGCAGCGAAGAGUCACGUCUCCGAAAAACGACAAGAUUCCAUCCUCAUCUCGGAGCUGCAGGGCGCCAUCAAAAACCUCAAGCAGCAGAAAGCUGAUCUGGAACAGGAGUUGACGGUUGCCCAGCGCCAGCGUGAGAGCGACGCGGAGGAGUGGCGACAGUUCCAGGCCGACCUGCAGACCGCCGUCGUCAUCGCUAACGACAUGAGGACCGAGUCUCAGGAGGAACUCGUGCAGGUGAAGAAGGACUACAACGAACUCAAGCAGAGACUACACAAUCUGCAGGCUAGUCCUGGUUCUAGUGUGGAGACCACACCCAAGCAGAGGGAUCCACAGAUACAGGGCAGGGUACAGGACUACCUGGCUUCGGUGGAGAAGGACUUGUCAGCUCUUAGACAGGGAUCAGGGGUGAAGAGACCAGACAGUGCCUCCCCCAUCAAUGUGAAAAGCCUGGUCAAGUCAUUCAACGUGGCAUCACAGAGUCCGCCAUCGCCCACGGCAACUGUACCCCCCGCUCUAGCCUCACCAGUUACCCUGCACGGUGUCACACUCAGUACUACAGAGGAGGAGGAGGAGAAGAACCCGGCCUCGACAGCCAAUCCGCAGUGGCGACACAGCCAGCCUAACCCGUCCUUACCUCGGCUGUUAGAGGACCAGACAGACUCUCCACAGGGCAAGGUGACCUCACCUGGUGGGGAGGGGGGCAGGAGGAGCAGUGUGCCCACCAUUCCUGAAUUGGAAGCUUUAAAACUACCAGAAUCUCCACCUAGUACCGGUAGUAAGGAGCAGACAGCAGGCCAGCAGUCCUCGGCUGGUCAGGAGUCUCGGAGCCCGGUGGCCAGGGGAAUCCUGAAGAAGAAGGAAGCACAGAGGACAGUCCCUGUCCCUACAUCUCCUGCUAACGGCAGUGACAGAAGAGACUCUAUCACUACCAGAGACCCCCUGGCAGCUCUAGUGAAGAGAGAGAGGGGAGGGUCCAAGAGGAACGCUCUGUUAAAGUGGUGCCAGAGGAAGACCCAGGGAUACACGGGCAUAGACAUCACAAACUUCAGUACCAGUUGGAAUGAUGGUCUCUCCUUCUGUGCACUUCUUCAUUCCUACCUGCCAGACAAGGUGCCGUUCUCCGAGCUAACUGCCCAGAACAAGGAAAAUUUCACAACUGCCUUCCAAGCAGGAGAGAGUGUGGGAAUUCCAACUUUGCUGAGUGCAGAUGAGUUGGUCCAGACAGAACGACCAGACUGGCAGGCAAUCAUGGCAUACGUCACAGCAAUCUACGCCAAAUUUGAAAAUGUGUAACAACUUUAACUUCACCUCCCACUCUUCAUGAGCCUCACAGGGUGACAGUUAGAAACCUCACCUAUUAAACAAAAUACAGGAUUUCCAUUGGCUCACUUUGACAUGAUUAUGUAUAAAGAUAUCUAGGAAAUCAUAACAGAACAUUAAAGAUUGAGAAGUUUGAUUCCAAAGACUGCUUUUGGAUAUACUUUUUUCAAUCAGCAAUAUUAUGUGCUGCCAGAAUCUAAGGUUGAUUGGACAAACUGUAUUGCUGUAGAAGGGUUUUCUGUAGGUGUAUAGUAUGUAUGUGUUGUUUGUAGUUCAGUGUGUCUGUUCUGAUACUUGUUUCUAGUCAGAGAUAUUUUUGUUGCUUUCGUCAUUCUAUGGUUAUUUGAAACCAAAGGGUCCAAGCCAUAACAGGGUGGGAGUGUUGUGUGGAUUGUCAUUCAAAUGUUGUUCAAAAGGAGGUUGAUUUACAAUGACUCCAACUUAAGCUACAUUCCUCGGGUUUGAUUAUUCUAUAGUUUUUUCUUGAACACUUUUCUUGCUGUCUCAUUCUGAUGGGUCUCACUUAACCUUUAGCAUGCUAAGGUAGCCAUUUUGGCACCAAAUGUGUAUCGUUUAUGGGGUUAGAAAGCAGGGAUAUGGUUAAUCUUGUCGUUAUCGUAUGGUCACGGCAAAUAUUUUCAUUCUUCUCUUUCUUCUUUAUAGUUCAGAAGUUUGUAUUUGUUCUGUCUUCCCAGGAACUAUGUUGCAUUCUUUUAGUUGAGUGUUCUUAUGUCAAGAAGUGAAAUUAUGUUUUUGAAGAUUUGUUGCAUCUUCAAGGGAAAAAACACUUUUAUUUUUCACUGCAGUGUGGAAGGAAAUUGUAUAUUUAUGUUGAAUAUUUAUAUUUGCAGUAGACAACACAAACAUUAUGGGAGGAAAUAAGGACUAAGAGUAGGUAAAUAAAAAUGAAAACUCCUUUUUCAUAUUUAGUGAUAUGAAUUGUAAUUGAAAGAAGUCAAUUAUUACAACAAUUUCUCCAUAUUCUUUUUGACUUGACUAUAUAAUUUAUAAUAUAUAGUAUUUGACAACUCUUGAUCAAGGCCUACUGUGAAGGUUUUCACAGAACUUAGCUGAACUCAACGGUGCUACUUUGUACUAAGAUAGGUUUGUAUCUAUAAUUGUGUGAGCUAUGGUCCUUUUCUGGUGUAUUGAAUACCAUUGUUGAAUAAUACAUUCCGAUUAUGAUACAUUGUUCCAGCAAUGGAAGGAACAUUAGCAAUACUCUAAUCUUAGGGAUAGGUCAAAAUUUUGGAAUACUAGUGGUUCUUUGAUGUAAAAGUCAACUUUGAAUACUACAAUGUUCGUCACCUUCAAGUCAAAGCAUCAUACUUUGAAAAGAGAAGGUUUUACUCCAGCUCACUGUGGGAGUCAUUGCACGUAGCUGGCCUAUUCCUUUAAAGUAAUACUUGUAAGUUUAAGAUGAGCUAGGGUUAUCAUAGCUAUUGUCCGACUUUGUGAUGGCACAAAGGAUUUUUUUAGAAUCAGUCUAGACAAAUGUGUUUUGAGGUAUGUAAGGAUGCCUUGGUGUUUUGACCAGAUGAAUAUAAGUUGCAAUGCUUUCCAGUGUGAUGUGCAGUUUUUUUUAAACAAUUAAAGAAAAAAAAGUUAAGACAUAGGAAAUAUCAAUGCAUAUAUGACUUGCAACUUUUCAGGCCAAAAAAAGGAAGACUGAGUAUUAUAUGAAUCACAUAUUGGAUGGAACAGAUUUUGAGACCUGACAGGGUAACAUUAACAACACGUUUUACAACAAAAUCCUGAUUAAAUAUGAUUUGGUGUACACUCUAAUAGUAAGUAACUGUUAAUAUAACAGAGGACCCGGAACUUUACUCUCCAAGGUUUGGAAACCGCAUUCACUCUAGAUUUUCAUAUUCUCUGAAUAUGUGCAAAUGGUCCUGUUUACUGCUGUUUUUUUUGUCGUGCACUCUGAAUAGCAGCAACUUUCCUUGUCACGCCCAAAAGUUGGCUCAAUACUGAGAUUGGAAGAAUACAAUUAUGACUGCAAUACUGACUUUGUCCGCAGCGCGUCGAUUUUGUACCAUAUACCGCAACGCGAAAAGGUCCUGGCUGCAAAAAAUAAUUCUGUUAGUGUUAGCCCUGUUAUUUUUCGCUAAAAGACAAAACCUUUCAAAAUCGAAGGGCUUUUAAAUUAGCGAACGGUGCCAACUGUUUCCCGAAGCUCGAUGUCCCUUGGAGAUGCAGGAGCCGACGCGGAUCUCAUGUCACUCAUGGUUAAGUACCGCACGUCCUGCAGCUCCGACCUGGGCAGCGGCGCCGGGGGACGAGCUUCGGAAUCCCGCGCCCGCUGAGGGGAGGCGAUGUCCUCCGCAGACGCUCUCGUUCCCAGAUUUGUUUCUUCGGUGUGACUGUGACUGUCAUUGUCGUCCCCGCCGCACGCAUGUUUUUUUGAUGUGAUAGAAUUUGUACCACACCAAAAAGAUCACGGCACACAUGACACAAGUGGCGAUAAUAGAACCUACUGCGGUUCCUAAUAUAAUCAUGUUGACGUUAGCGGCUUGACAAGUUGUUGGAGCACUUGUGCAUCGGCAGGGUUUGCUUGCCGAUGUGGCACUCGGUGUUGUCGUUAACGAGGAAAUGGUGGUUGGCAUUGGGGUGGACAUAAAGGUAGACUCGGUCACAGAGGACAUUUCGGUAUAGUUGGCCGUCGUCUGACUCUGUGAUACGACAGUCGUCGGUAGUGUUGUGACGUUGUCAUCUGUGGGGAAUUCGCUCUGAGUCGACGUCAUUUCUGUGAAGACUGUCGUUUCAUCCAGUGCGUCUGUUGAAGUUGCCGUCCAUAGGGUUGUAGUCUGGGGAGCAGACAU